UUUCGACGAUGGUUACCGACAUUCAUUGUGGGCUUAGGUAUUUGGUCGAUGGUCUUACACAUGUGGGUCCUGAACCGUCGACCGAGCUUCUUUCUAUAAAGGUCGAGCUUCCGUAUACAUACCUGAUGGCGUGGCUCGUUCUUCAUCGUCUUGACUUGAUGUCGGCGCCUAACACUGUUGAUGCCUUCAUUCCUUUUGUGCAGCUGUUGGAAAGGAGCAAGUGGUUUGGGAAGACAUUUACUGAUGUACAGCGAGAGCUUCAAGUUCGUAAGAGCUGGGAGUUCUUCAAGUGUUUUCCUCGCUUCUCGGGCCGCUAUGAUGACGUGUUGAUUGAUGAGGAGAAACCUAAGACCAGUUGGACUUCUCUUGACGCUGGUUGCUUCCAUUGGUUGGUGAACAUCCGUGUUGGAUAUCUUGUCCUUCAGGUGAAGGGUCGUUGCCAUAUAGAGCCUUAUCUUCCAUGCCGUUUCGCUCGCCAAUUUGGUUACGACCAACUAUAUGUUGGGAACCCGAGCCGGGGUUUAAGGAUCGAGGGGGAUCUUAUUGAAGGCGUCCGAGCAUGGCUUUGGACUAUGAUGGGCUGUACUGGAGCCUAUUUCGCUCUUCCUUUAUCUAAGCACAAACCGUUGCUUACUUUUCUCAGCUGCAAGUGGUUCCUUUCUGCCAACGAGUUUCUAGAUGUGAGGAGUCUUUCAGAGUUGGAGGCUGAGCACUUGGUUCAAACUACUAUUAAGGCUACUCGUAAGAUUGAGCUUUCGAAGAAGCAGGGGAAGAAGCCUGCCAAACCUUCCCGUUCGACCAGAGACAAGAUGGAGGAUGAUGAAGAGCUUCUUCCUAUUGACGAUGAGGAUGAGACUUCUGAGGAAAAUAUAUAGACAUUGAUACCGACGGGGGAGAAUCUGAUACAGAAGCCGGAACGAAAGGUCUUAUUUAGUCAUCCUAAUAAGAUGACUCUUAUCACUCCAGGUAGGAUGGCUGACGAGCACAAGCCGUUCUCUUCUCGUUAUGCGAGAUCACAGCCCAGUGCCGAAGCUUCUGCACAGGUUGAGAUGCGUACUAAGUCUACGCAUGAGCGGCCUGUUGGUCCUGUAGGGGUUCGUCUUCCAAAGCGAAAGAAGGCCGCUCAUAAAUCACGUACUGGUCAGUGCACCUACGGAGCAGAGUUACGAAGCACCACUGGCGGAGAAGAGGGAAACUAUGACGGAGGUGAACUUCUGUGAGACUCUGUAUUCUCUGAUCCUAGCCAUUUGGAUAGCUUCUUACAGCAGAUGUGUGAUGUCAUUCAUGAUGAGCCUAUGGAUCUUGAAACAAACAGAGAUGCUGAGCAGGUUGAUAGCGUUAAGCCGACGGUCCCAUGCUCAGACAAAUUGAAGAACGCAGGCAUGGAAAUUGGGGCAGAAGAGCCUUCUACCACUACCGCAGGUGUCACGCUAGAGAGGCCGGUCGAGGAUGAGACUUUUCAUGAUAUGGGUCUUAGGGGAUUCAGCGGACAUAUGUAUGUCUCAACACCGAGUUUCUCAGGAUCUGACAGUAGAUUGUUAGUUGAGAUGUUGGCGGAGCGGGCCACUAGAGGGUCUGUAGUACCAUCCUUUGAGGGUGGUUCUUCUGCAGGGAAUUCUGAUCGUAUGACCAACCACUGGGGCUGAUACCACUAUGAUUUCUGGCAUCCCUAGUCCAGCUGAGGGUGAUGAAUCUACGGGACCAGCCAUCAUGACUGAUACGACUACGAUUCCUACCAUUUCUAGUUUGCCUGACGGUGAUGCAUCUUCUCCAGACCCGACGAACAUUACAGAAUUAUCUAGAGGAGUUGAUAUACCCUCGACGAUCACACCUGAUGUUAUCUCUGAGCCUGCUGAGAUUGGACUGACGGAGCCGAUCGUAGGACCUCAAACCAAAGGGACCCCUGUUGGAUCUCAUCUAUCUCCAUAUGAGCGUGUCCUCGCACUUUUGGCCGAUCCUGAUCCCAACAAAGACAUUUUCCGAAUGGAUCUCGGUUCUUUCGUCAUCUUUUUUGGCAGAAUGAUCGAGAAACUUCUUCAUCGGGGAUAUUAUUUCGACCAGUUCAGGUGUUCCCUUGCUCGCCACAUGACGAUGAUUAGAUUGGAGGGAUAUCCUGAGUUAGAUGAUUCUUUCACUGCUGACUUUGUUUCUCUAGAGUGUGAACUCCGAGAGUUAGGGGAGCUGAAGGCUAGCGGGGCUUCUUCCUUCGUAUCCUCUCAGCUAGAGCAUAGACUGACACAAUGGCAUGACCUCAGAUCUUCCAUUGGUAGCGAGCUUCAGUCGCAUGAGAGUUCUAUCGCACAGAUGAUGGCUAGUCUUGCGAAGAAGGAUACGAAUAGAGUCGAGUUGCUCACUUCUUUAGAGCCCAACCACGAGGAGGUAGCUAGGUUGAAGAAGGCCUUGAAGUAUGCUGAGGAGUCUGGUGCUAUCAUUGCAGAUGAGCUGGCUAGUUUAGAGAGCUCUCGCGGAUAGAUACUUGAGAGACUAGGAUCUACGUAGGAGAGAUUGAUGAAGCUGAAAGGUGAAGCCGCGAAGAUCUUGAGCAGUUCUAAAGAUUCUGUCCGAGCUGAUCUGCAGGCUGAGCUUGAGCAAAGUUAUGCAGAUAGGCUUUAUAGGUUAGAAUUUCACAUUCUCGGUCACCGACUGCGUUCGGGCCGAUGAGCUUCAUAUUGUAUACUUUGACUUGAUCUAUUAGUAGAG